AUAGUGUCAUAUUAUGUAAGCAUGAUGUUCUCUCGUUGAAGAGCGUAAUCUUUGAAACUUCCAUAAAAACUGGAAACAGAACUUUGCAAAUUUAUUGUGCAAUUUUUAGCGCAAUUUUGAAUCUUUAUUGACAGUGACUUUUCUUUAAUCAUGAUUUUGAUUCUAAUUAAAGGAACAAUACGUACAAGAUAUACAAUAAGUGAAAUCAGACUUAUAUAAAAUUAAUGAAUUAUUUUGGAUGUGAGGACAGAAAUGCUAUAAAAUACAAGUAUUUACAUUAUAAUUUUGCAAAACAAAGUAAUGAUUAUAAAAAGGAUGGACAAAUCCUAAAUCUUUACAAAUCUUAUACAAUCAGUUGAUUGUUAUUACACGCGCUACGAGUAUUAUAUUCUCAAGAUGUGCGUUCAGUAUUCGUCAAAUUUUCCUCUUCGUUAUCAAGCAAUUAAAUAUUCCUUUGGAUUUAUUCAUAGCGCCCGUUUGCGUAAUUAUAAUCGUUUUGUUGAGUGAUCGGAGAAAAUACAUUAGCGAUGCGGUCGCAGAAAGAACGAUGUGGCCGGACGUCGCCGGUAAAUCUUACACGUUUCGUGAUCGCUUCAAAGUGAAGCUGCCGGCAGUAAACGAAAAGAAGAGGGGAGGGGAAAACGAGCCGGCGUGCUGUAAGAUCCUCGCCCUGUUUCAUCACCGUAAGCCUCGGGAUCCGCUUCGUGCGGGUUCCAGCGCAGCCUCGUCGGUACCCUUGCUCGAUAUGGGCGCCAGAGCAUGGGACUACGAGGCCUUGCCGGAACUCCAGACUUCUGCAGCGGUCACGCCGACUUCGACACCACCGAAUGCGUCUCAGCAAAAGGCGCCCAGGGUUUAUUUUCAAGCAGAGAAUCUGGCGUCCACUAGGCGAAGGAGCAGUUGUAGGCUGCUGGCACCGCAGCAGUCUUGCAGGAGACGUAGCCGGAGCAUGAGCGCAUGGAGCGACCUGUCCAGGUCGUCCUUCAGAUUGGAUGAAAGAGUUCGCGUUGAGUAUUAUGUGAACGAGAACACAUUCAAGGAACGUCUACAGCUGUACUUCAUUAAGAAUCAACGUUCGAGCUUGAGGAUACGACUUGCCAAUCUCUUCUUCAAGCUUUUAACAUGCUUUCUGUAUAUAUUCAGAGUUAUUACGGACAACGAUCCAACGUUCGCAGCAUGUUACGGUUGCACACCCGGCAACAAGACCGAGUUUCUUGCGUCGCAGAACUUGACAGAGGAGGAGUUUCAGGAGCACCCGACCAUCAAUUGGGACGCUAUCCUGUGGGUCAGAAGACCCUUAGAGUUAUGGGUUGUCCAAGUGAUCUUGGCUAUGGUAUCGUUAACCGAGGCUUUGCUACUUGCCUACCUCGGUUACAAGGGAAAUGUCUGGCAGCAGCUUCUGUCUUUCCAUUUCAUCCUGGAACUGGUCAACACAAUCCCAUUCACAAUUACGUUAUUAUAUCCGCCAAUGAGAAAUCUAUUCAUUCCGGUGUUCCUAAAUUGCUGGUUGGCAAAGCACUCUUUGGAGAAUAUGUUUAACGACCUACACAGGGCAAUGCAGAAAUCUCAAUCGGCAUUGAGUCAACAGCUGAUGAUCCUUAGUGCAACGUUACUGUGCCUUGUCUUUACUAGGUGAGUACUUUUAAACACAA